AUGCGCAUCACACAGCUGUCCGAGGCACUCCACCCACUCCUCCUGGCACUGCUGGCCCUCCAGCUCAUAUCAAUCUCCAGUUCAACGGCAAUGCCCACCCAGCUGCAUCAGGAGCGUUCGAAUGACGACUCGAACCGAAUGGAUGAUAUGGAUGAUGGGGUGGGCAGCGGUUGCACUAAUUCAGGCGACAAUAUUAACAGUUCUAAAUGUGAGGACAAGAGCGGAAUGAUGCCUCCAUGCAAUGCCAGACAGACGGCCACAAACAUUGCCCAGAAGGCCGCCACCGAGGCAGAGCAGGCAUAUGGAACACAACAGGCUGCUGCCGCGGAGGUCGCCCGCAUGGUUAAGAAGCAGCUGGCGGAUCGAGCAUAUGCAGCUGCCAAAGCAGCGGAGGCGGCACUCUCUGGCAAGCAACAGAAUGUGGAGCAGCUAGAGCAGGAGAUAAGCGAGGCUGAGGCGGCUCUGCAGCAGCAGGCAGAGUCCAUUACUGGCACGCAAGACAAUCUUAAUAUCGCCAGCAUGACGGUCAAGGAUGCUCAGCAACUGUCCCAAUCCCUGAAGAAGGCCAUCAACUUAGCUCAGGAAAAUCUGGCUCAUGCCAAGGCUGUUGCCGCCGGUGCCCAGCAUGAGCUCGAGUCGAAGUCUCAACUGCUGGAGCAGUCGCAGUGUCGCAUCGAUGGGCUCAAAAAGCGCCUCUGCGAGGCCCGCAGAGAGAUGCAGAAUAUUAAAAAGUCCGCCUAUAAAGCAGUCUGUGCGGCUGCAGAGGCCUGCAAGAAGGCCCGAGAUCGCAGGACAGUCACUGAGAAGGGGCGGAUUAAACGUCGCAUACAACAGCAAAUACAACAGCGGCAGCAAUCACAUAAUUCAGGGGUAUUAUGGUGA